UUGAAGCCAGCUUCAGCUUCAGAUCUUAAAUCGCAAAGCAAACCAGAGCGAUAAAGGUUUUAGGAUUUUGCAAGGAAUUAUUCAAUUCGAAAUGUGCAACACAGUUAUAGGCUCACAUUUCAUGUAUUUGUAAGUCGCCGGAAUCAUAGAGAGAGGAGAGAGAAUGGGGACCGCCACCGCGUUAGCGCCGGGGCUGUCACGGAAGCUGAAGAAGGUGCUAGAGACUCGCACUGAUAGUCCCGAUCUGCUCGCCUCACUCAACACAAUCUCCACAUUUUAUUCCGAGAACACUCCUCACGCCCGCCGGAAUCUCCGAUCCACCAUCGAGAAGCGCGGCCUCUCUAUUAACGAGGAGUUCCUGGAAGCCUCCUCCUCCGCCCAAGAGGCCUUGGAUCGUGUCGAGGAAGAGGUGAAUGCCCUGGCUGAAUGUUGCGAUAAGAUUGCAAAGGCUUUAGGCAACUGUAAUGCUACAACUGGUGAUAUAAUCAGUACAACGGAGAGGCUCAAACAGGAGCUUGAAAAUACUACACAGAGGCAAGAGAUAGCAUCAUGCUUUCUUCGUGAUUAUCAGCUCUCUAAUGAUGAGAUAAAUGCACUACGUGAGGAGGACCUGACUGAAAACUUUUUUAAAGCACUUGCUCAUGUUCAUGAAAUCCAUGCCAACUGCAAAGUGCUGCUACGAACUCACCAUCAGCGAGCAGGUCUUGAGCUUAUGGAUAUGAUGGCUGUCUACCAAGAAGGAGCAUAUGAACGAUUAUGCAGGUGGGUCCAAGCUGAGUGUAGGAGACUUGGGGAUGUUGACAAUCCUGAAGUUGGUGAGCUCCUAAAAACUGCUGUCAGAUGCCUUAAAGCAAGGCCAGUUCUUUUCAAGUACUGUGCAGAAGAGGUAGCAAAUAUGAGGCAUAAUGCACUCUUCAGAAGAUUUAUUAGUGCCCUCACUCGUGGAGGACCUGGUGGACUACCUAGGCCAAUUGAAGUUCAUGCUCAUGACCCUUUAAGAUAUGUAGGAGAUAUGCUGGGAUGGUUGCAUCAGGCCUUGGCAUCUGAAAGAGAACUUGUUCUUGCAUUGCUUUAUCCUGAUUCAACUGUAGAUACUGGAUCAAUUGCUCAGAGAUUUUCCAAUGAUAGUGAUGUCGGAAAGACAGAAACAGAUACAGACUUGACAUUUGUUCUGGACAGAAUCUUUGAGGGAGUCUGUCGUCCAUUUAAAGUGAGAGUUGAACAAGUUUUGCAGUCUCAACCAAACCUUAUAGUUUCAUAUAAGCUCAAUAAUACACUGGAGUUUUACAGCCAUACUAUAUCAGAUCUGCUGGGGAGAGAAACAGCUCUGUGCAAUACUCUUUGGGCUCUUAAGGACGCUGCUCAGAAAACUGUCUUCGACAUACUAAAAGCUCGAGGAGAGAAGCUGUUACGUUAUCCUCCCUUAGUUUCUGUUGAUCUUUCUCCACCUCAGGCACUGAGAGAAGGAGUUUCACUGCUUCUGGAAAUAAUUGAGACAUAUGAUAGUAUGAUGGUUCCCAUGUCAGGAAAAGAUCCUGCAUUUGAACCUGUCAUAUCUGCUUUGUUAGAUCCUAUUAUUCAGAUGUGUGAACAAGCAGCUGAGGCACACAAGUCGAAGGGGAUUCAGCCAUCAAGGAGAAGUAGUAGAGUCGGUACAGACCAUCCAGCUCAACCCCGCAGAUCAUCUAUAGAUGCUCUUCUGGAUAACAGCAAUUCUGUCCUUUCAUCUCAGACCCGCGAAGCACCUUCAAGGAUAUUCCUGAUCAACUGCUUAUGCGCCAUCCGGCAACCAUUGGUAGGACAUGAUGUUGCUUCUGAAUACGUGAAGAAGCUCGGAGCACUGAUAGAAAACCACCUUCACAGCCUUGUAGAAAAGGAAGUCGACACAGUCUUGCGACAAUGUGGUUUGUCAAACAAGAUGUCUCAUUUCCACAAUUCUUUGAACGACGCAGGUGCAGACUCCAUUCCCAGCCAGCCACUGGCUGAGAUGGAAGACAUGAUGCCUGCUGCCCUUUCGGACUGUCUAAAGGCCUUCUUUGGGCUCGUUUUGGGAAGUGAAAGCUCAUUGCCUGAGUUUGAGCAGAUACAGGCUCCGAGUCUGCGUUCAGAAGCUUGCUCUCAGCUGUCUAGAUCACUUGCUGAAGCAUAUGAAGUCAUCUACAAGGGAAUUAUGGACCCGAAAAACGGGUAUCCAGAUCCAAGGUCGCUCGCGAGGCAUCCUCCCGAUCAAAUACGAACCAUUUUGGGGAUUUGAAGCUGCUGAUCAUGCCUCUCAUUAUAUAGUUACACUCUUUUCUUUGUCGAUGUUUCCAAGAUUUUGUAUACUCAAUUACUGAAAUUUCUGUAAGCUUAGUUAUACCUCAAUGAAUUGAGUUUUACUAA